AUGAGAGCAAAUAUUCCUUGUGAAAAUGGUUAUAAUCAAGGGAAUGUUGUGUUUGUGGAUGUUGCAGUCCAAACAGAAAUAGUCACUGUUGGGGGCAGAGAAGCAGUGUGGGAUGAGAAUAGAGUGGCCGAUGGGGUGAUUUGGUUUACGAGCUUUGUUGGUGUAGGAGAAGAAGUGAAUAUUGGGUUAAGCUCGCUAAUUGUUGACAGAAUGAAAUGGGAGCAAGAGAGAGGAGGGUGGCUUGGCGGCGAAAAAAGGCAAGUUAGUAUGAAUAAAACAGAGAAUGUACGGAUUGGUGUUGGUGGGUGGUGUAGGUUUGGUUGCUAUGUGCUGGUUGAGAGGUUUUUGUUGAAAAGAAUGGAUAAAAGUGUGGUAUUAACCUAUAAUUUCAAGCACACUCAUGUGAUUAGGAGCAAAUGGGAAUGA